AUGCUAGCUAACUUAAGGAGAAUCAUCCUUUCUACUACCAUUUAUUUCAUCUGGAGGGCUAGAAACAAGAAGGUCUUUGCAAAUGAGACUAUUUCCAUUGAAGAUAUCAUCAGUAGGAUCAAAGCUGUUAUUAAUGCCAAGUUCAGUAACAUUAAGAUGUCCUCUACCAUCUAUAAUGUAGUUCUUAAUAUCUCUGGAUUGCUGUUCCUAGCUGCUGUCUUUUUUAUUUGCUGGGCUUGGCCCUUAGUUGUAUUCUUUAUUGCAGUCUCCUCUCUUCUCCGCCCCUCAAUCUACACAGCUCUCUUCUCCGCCCCUCAAUCUACACAGCUCUCUUCUCCGCCCCUCAAUCUACACAACUCUCUUCUCCGCCCCUCAAAAAUGAGAUGCUCGUCUCCGCCCAUCGUAUGUGAAAAUUACUCUCGUAGACUAGAUAACAGUCCAACAAUUUACUGGUUCAAUUCUGAAAAAUCUCUUUCUUUUCUUGCAACCAAAGAAAUUUUACUCAUGUCGCUUCUCACCAGAAACAUUUUUACAUUUGCAUGUGAACGGAAAACAUCUUCAUCAUUAAAAACAUCUUAUAAGUUUGCACGAUGCGAGAGAAUUGAUACCGGUUCUUCGGAUGAAGGAGAGAAAUCAAAAGGAAGAAGAAUCGAAUUGCUUGAAAAAGCUAAAUUAUCGAUAUCAGCUUAUGAUACGGCUUGGGUGGCUAUGGUCCCUUGUAAAGAGUCAAAAGAGAAGCCAUUGUUUCCAAAAUGUUUGGAAUGGAUUAUGGAGAAUCAGGAAGCUGAUGGAUCAUGGAGCCCUUAUCCACACCACCCAUUGCUUUUCAAGGAUUAUCUAUCUUCUACUUUGGCUUGUGUUAUUACUCUUCACAAAUGGAAUCUCGGCCGACCACUCAUCAAAAAAGGUCUAAAAUUUAUUAAGGCUAAUUGUUGGGCUGCCAUUGAAGAGAGACAACUGCCACCAAUUGGAUUUGACUUUACAUUUCCUCACAUGAUAGAAUGUGCAGUAGCAAAUGGAUUAGAUCUUCCUGUGCAUCAUGAGGUAUUUGAUGUAUUGUUACAAAAGAGAGCAAUAGAAAUAAAAAGAUGUGAAUUGGAAGGAACCAAAGCCCAUUUAAUAUACAUAUUAGAAGGACAUGAAAAUAAAUAUAAUUGGGAAGAGAUAAGUAAAUAUCAAAGAAAUAACGGGUCAUUUUGCAAUUCACCAUCAGCAACUGCAGCAGCUUUAUUUUACAAUCAUGAUGAACGAUGUUAUGGUUACUUGACUUCGCUCUUACAUGAUUAUGAUAAUGCAGUUCCCACGGUUUAUCCACUGAAAAUCUAUAACCAACUUUGUGGAGUCGAGAAUCUUCAGAAGUUAGGAAUGGACGAUAGACACAAAGCACAUAUAGAUAAUGUUCUGGAUAACAUAUACGGAUUAUGGAAGCAGAAAGAUGAAGAGAUAUAUUUAGAUGUCAGAUGUUGCGCUUUGGGAUUUCGUCUACUGCGAUUGAAUGGAUACGAUGUUUCUUCUGAUGUACUAGCACAAUUCUCCGAAGAAGAACAUUUCUUCAAUUCUGUGAGUUUACAAUUCAAAAGUAUAGACACAAUUCUGGAACUGUUCAAGGCUUCAAAGUUAAUGAUAUGCGAAAAUGAACAUAUUCUUGAGAAGAUAGAAGCUUGGACAGGCUCUUUCUUAAAACAACAACUACUCAGUUGUGCUAUUAAAGAUUUUAAACUACGUGAAGAGGUUGAUCAUGCUCUAAGAUAUCAUUUUGACAAUUUGGAUUUUGUUGAGAUGAGGUGGGAAAUACAGCAACACAAAGCGAAUAAUGUUCAACUUCUAAAAACAUCUUAUAGUCUUAAUAACGAUAACAGAGACUUAUUAGCACAGAAAAUCCAAGAAUAUAACAUGUGUCAAGCGGUAUAUCAAAAAGAAUAUAAAGAUCUUGAGAGAUGGAUUAAGAUUUGCAAAUUUGAUGAACUGAAAUUUGCAAGGGUUAAGCUACAUUUUUCCUAUUUCCUCAACACUGCAACCCUUAUUGGGCCCGAAUUGGCAGAUGCUCGACUCUCCUUUACUAAAAAUUGUAUUUUAGCUACUGUUAUUGAUGAUUUCUUUGAUAUUGCCGGCUCUAAAGAAGAAUUAGAAAAUUUAGUUCAAUUAAUUGAAAGUUGGGGGGAAACUUCAUCUAUUGGGUGCAUCUCCGAGCAAGUUAUGAUCAUUUUUUCAGCUCUUGUAGACAUGAUUAAAGAGCUUGACUGCAUUGCUUUCAAACAUCAUGGAAGAAGUAUUGAGCAUCAUAUGGUCAAAAUAUGGCAAGAAUUAGUCAAGUCUAUGAUGAAAGAAGCUGAAUGGACUCGAGAAAAUAUAAAACCAUCGCUAAAUGAAUACAUGGAGCAUGGAUGUAUUUCUUUAGCCUUAGGACCACUUUGUCACAUAACGACCUAUUUUCUUGGAAUAACGUUACCAGAGGAAAUCAUGGCAGGGCAACAAAUAUGUAAUCUAUUGAAGCAUGUCAACCUUGUUGGCCGACUUCUCAAUGACAUGAUGUCUUUCAAGAGAGAACGCGAACAAGGCAAAUACAAUAGUGUAUCUCUACGAAUACUUCAUAGUGAAGAGAGCAUGACAGAAGAAGAAGCUAUUGAAGCCAUAAAAAAAGAAAUUGAGAUUUAUAGAAAACAAUUACUACGAAUGGUUGUGCAAAAGGAAAACAGUUUGCUUCCAAAAUCCUUAAGAGACUAUUUUUGGAAGACAAGUAAAAUGAUGCACUAUGUUUAUAAGGACAACGAUGGCUACUCAAAUAUCAAAAAUGAAAUGGAAAAUGACGCAAAAAAAUUAUUAUGGGAACCGAUUUCUCUUUCUUAAUCUAUUACUUGUGUUGUAGGUUUUCCAUUUCAACUAUUUUACUUCUUUUAUAACUUAUUGUAAUUCAUACUUUAUCCAGUUAUUAUAUGUUUUAUGUGGUUUGUGGUAUUUUUUUGAA